AUGGGCACCCUACAUUGGCACCCUCCCUGGGCACGCUCCCUGGGCACCCUUCAUGGGCACCCUCCAUGGGCACCCUUCCUGGGCACCCUCCCUCGGGCUCUGUGUGCCCCAACUCUCCUCCUCGGGCCCGGUACAGGAUCUGCAGCCCGGGCCCGAGGCUUGAACAGGGCCGCGCGCCUGGACCACGUGGCGCGAGAUCUGCGCAGCUUCCGUUCCUUCUGCCGCCCCUGCUGUCCGGGUGGCGACAUCUGA